AUUGUUUUUCUCAGCCAAUUAGCCAGCCAUCUACAUUCUAACUGUAAUCUAUAGCCUACACUCUCCUAUGAUUUCGCUAAUUAUCUCUCCUUGAUCUACUCAAGCUCGGCUGCAUGGAGCUGUUAGUACACCUGGAAUUAAAACUUUAAAUCAAAUUAUAUAGUAUUAAUUUGAGUAAUUUCAUUACAAUAUAAUAAUUUUCACUUAAAGAGAUUUUAUAUUUGAGGAAUCUUUAUUUAUCGCCUAUUUAUAAAUUACUUUUAAUUCAUAUUAUUAAUAUAACUAUCAUUAGCCCUCUUCAAUAUCUUAAUCAAUAUUCUUUUAUUAGAAGACUAAAUCAAGUCUCCAAUUAUAUUUAAAAAUAGUCAGAGUGGUUCUUUACUCAUUUAUUAAAGUCACUAGACAUCUAGAGACACCAAGAUGUCUGCUCUAGUUGAUAUAUCACCUGAAGCAACUACAUCUUAUACAACAGCACAGAAUGAAUUUUCAUCUUCUAGUCAUUCAUUGAUACCAACUUAUCCAUAUAAUAUAGUUCCAGUUAGAUCUAACAGUACUGCAGGACUGAAUGAAUAUACAUAUAACCAACCAUCAAUACAACAGAUACAACAACGACAGCAGUAUAGUCAAAUUCCAAAUCAAGCUCCUCCUAGCCAAACUCAGCAUCAAUAUCAUCAGCCACAACAGCUUCAUAAUCCAAAUAUCCCUAGUCCACUUGGUACUCCCUCCCUUCAACCUCGAUUAUCCCAUCAGCCUAUACCUCAGCAUAUUCAGAAUCCACAAAAUCCUCAGUAUAUUAAUCCUCUGAAUACUCAGAAUAUUCAAGAUCUUCAGAACCCUCGGAAUCCUCAGCAUAGUCAAUAUAUUCAGAAUAUACAGAAUCCUCAAAAUCCUCAGUAUAUUCAGAAUCAUCAAAAUCUUCAACCUAAUCAGCCUAAUCAGCGUAUACCUAGGCAACCCUACCCCGAGAGUAAUUCAAAUAAUUUUCUUGUACCACCAAAUGAUUCUAGAUUAAAUAGACAAGCCAACCCCUUCGGAGUUAUCUACGGUAGUUCCAGAAGUUCCCAAAAUAAUAGUGCUGAAAGAACUAGCGGUGAAAGAAGAUCAAGUGAAGAUAUAUUUGGAGAAUCAAAAAUGCAUAGUUCUUCAUAUUUUGAAAUUGAAAGAAAUUUUCAGAAAGGUAGGAUAAUUGCACCAAGUAGAGGAGUAAGGUUACAAACUCCUCCAGUAGUAACUAUAGUUGAUGAUUCUGCAUUGAAAAGAUCUAACUCUGUGGUUUCAAGAUCUGCAAGUUUAAGAAAUAGAAAUCGAAUAAAGAGUAGACUAAAGACCGUAUUGAAUAAAGAUGUAGAAGAAGAAAAUGAAUCAAUUGAAAAUCAAAAAAGAAAGAAGAAAGAUUCUGCUUUAAGAUUUAUUUUCCCAGUUAAAAGGAAGACAUCUUUAAAAUAUACUUCAAUACCUAAUGGACGUCAAAAAUCCACUCCAGAUUUCCAAACUAAUGCACAAUUACAAAAAUUCCUCAUUAGUUGUAAUGCUAAUGAAAUAGUAAGAGAAUUAAUACCCAAAAGAAUGCAAUUAUAUAAUUAUCAUAAUGUUAUUAGAGUUCAUCCUAAAUUAAACUCGGUGCACGAAAUAUUCGAUAUAGAUCAAAAUAACAAUUUCCAACCAAUUAAAGUUUCUUCAAAGACUAUUUCACAACCAUUAAAGUCUCCUAAUGUAAUUAGUCAUAGUCGGAAUUAUAGUAAUAUUAAAUUCAAAGAAAUCGUCUAUCAAAAAUAUAAAGAUGCUGUAUUUGCCAAUAAACUUAGAAGAGUCCCUAAGUUUGAAGAAAUGUUUCCUAAUGAUAUAAAUUUGUUGAAUGAAAAGGAAAUUAAACAAAUCAAUGUUAAAAUACUAUUUGAGAUUUUAAUGCGAAGAACAGUGGCUGCAAAAAUUCAAUAUAGACUUAAUAAUGCAGGGUUCCACGAUUUAAUUGAUGAUGAGACGACAUCUUCUAGAUAUAGUUCUAGUUUUUCAUAUUCAUCAAGUAGUAAUGGAUAUGGUCAAGGUUCAGGUAGAGAUAUUAAUAGAGAUCCCGGUUUAGAAGAUGAUAAUAGUUCUAAUGGAACUCAUUCACGAGAAUCUAUUAAUACUGAUGAAUUAAUGCAACAAAAUGCAUCUUUGAUUUCGGGAUUACUUCCAUCACCACAAAUUAGUUAUGCUUCUGAUUUAUUUGGAAGUAUUGAUUUUGAAUCACCUUUAAGAUCAGCAGGAAUAAAUAAUGAAACUUCUUAUGAUCAUAAGAGUAUAAAAACAGGUAAUUCAAGUACUUUAGAUCCUUAUAAAUUUCAUCUGGAAACCUCACCUAAGAUUACAAAGAAAGCUUCAGUUGAAUCAUUAUAUAUUAAUGAUUUUAAUAAAUCCUAUCAACAAAAGUAUAAUACAAAGUUGAAGAACGAAUUAGAGAAUACUUUAUUUAAUUCAAAAGUAUAUCAAUUAAGGCCAAUCAAUAGAUCAGUUACCACUUUUUCUUCUGGUGAAGAUAAUCAUCCAUCAUUAAAACCAUCUCAACCACCACAAAAGACUGAAAAGACCCAACAAAUACAAGAACAACAAGACACUCCAAGUGAUAAAUCUUCAUCUUCAACAAAAGAAGCUCAAUCAUCAUCAAAAAGAAAAUCUUACUCUACAAGUAAUACUUCUGUAUUCCAACAUCUAGAGGACUUAUCAAGUGAAUUAUCCUCAAUAAUUCAAGACGAUGAUAAACAAGAAUCUUCAAAGAGAGUCAAAACUGAAACCAUUUUACCAAUUAUCAUUUCUGGGAUUGACAAUUCUGGUACUACCUCUACUACUCGUCAACAACAUCAAAUAAAAAUUACUCCUGGACCACAAAUUUCUACUUCUGCUCAUACUUUACAGAAUUCAUUGGCAGUUUAUGAUAUUAAAUCUUUACAUGGAUCAAUAUCAGAAGUAUCACCUACUGAUUAUGCUCAUUCAAUUAAACCUGAAAGUGAAUUGGAUACAAUUAAUGAAAAUGGUCUUUCAUCAUCUUAUGGUAAAAGUUCUCCUGGAAAGGUUCCUACUAUAGUCAUAGGACGAAAUGAUAGUAAUUCAACAAGAUCAAUGAUAAGUUCUUCUGGUUCAAGUUCUCAUGCUAAAGAAUUAAACAAUCCUACAUUAUCAACUAGGAAUCAUCCUAUAGAUAAACGUAUUCAUAAAUAGUAGUGCCAUUAUAGAUUAGGGUAGUAUCUAGAAUUACAUACCGACCAUUUUAUCGAUGAAUAUAAUUACAAACUAUAGAAAACAAGAACAAUACUGUAAAGUAAUAAUAAUGUUAAUGAAAAUAAUAAUAAUAAUAAUAAUAAUAAUAAUAAUAAUAAUAAUAAUAAUA